AUCGGUGACCAAACGGUGUGACGACACAAGAAUCGAUUAAAUAUAUGUAUGUAUCGCCACAUUCGAUAUAAAUGUCAAACAUGUUGUGUAGUUUUUAAAAGGAGCAAAUGACUUGUUUAAAAAGGAAUUUUGUCAUAUUCAUGACCUAACCUUUACCUGAAAACCUUGAACUGCAUAUAAUGACUGAAGAGUGAUAGAAUAAAAAAAAUCUUGUGAUAUGAAGAUUUAAUUUAUAAUUGUUUAAAAAAACAAAAAUUAUUCAAUACUUUUCUUUAUUUGGUGAAAAUUUGAACAAAGAUACUUGAGUGACAAUCAAUCAUUGUAUCACUUUUUUUUGGAGCUGUCUAAAUUUUUUUUGCAUGUCAUUAAACAUUUCGAUUGACUAAAAAAGACAAAAAAAACAGUGGUGGUGAAAAUGCCGAAAAUAAAAACAAAAUUGCAUUUAAAUAGUAUGUGGUUAAGACAAAGAGAACUUGGAAUCAGUCAACCUUUGGGUCACAAUGAUCGUUUUCACAAAACAUUGUAUUCAUCAGUACAACCAGUCACAUCAUGGGAUCACAAUGAAAAUUUAGUCAGUGCAAUUCAUGGCGGAGUUUUUAAUUUAGAAUAUUCUCCUGAUGGAUCGCUUCUUUUGGCAGCUUGUGAAAAAAAGAGUGUUUUAAUGUUUGAUCCAUUGAGUCGACGACUGAUUCAUGCAAUUGAUAAUGCUCACACUGAUUGUGUUAAUUGUGUAAGAUUUUUGGAUCAACGUAUAUUUGCAACUUGUUCUGACGACAGUACGGUAGCUCUUUGGGAUGCGAGGAAUUUGAAGCAAAGAAUCAGAACUUUACAAGGACAUUCCAAUUGGGUAAAAAAUGUCGAAUAUAGUCCUAAAGAUGGUUUAUUGUUGACUAGUGGUUUCGAUGGUAGUAUUUACACUUGGGAUAUUAAUAGUUUUACAGAAAGUAGCUGUUUGUAUACUAGAGUAUUUCAAACGAAUGGAUUGAUGAGAACGAGAUUAAGUCCUGAUGCUAGUAAAAUGCUCAUUUGUACAACUUCCGGUUAUUUAAUAAUAAUACACGAUCUCAAGCUUAGUGCUUUAGCAACUGACUUGCGAGGCUUCAAGCCUAAUAUGUAUCGUUUGAUGCAAGUCUCGCAAACAACCAUUCCGAUGGCAGCAAAUUAUACUCAUCUAUUUUCACAUACUCGCAAACACAAUCGCAUUGAAUUCCUGACAGAUUUCCCUGAUGGAAAUGACGCCGAAGUGAUAUCUAGUUUGCAAGUCCAUCCACAAGGAUGGUGUGCUCUUUCCCGGAAUAUUAGUAUCGGAGAGAAAUCAGAGUGGACGUGUGUGCAUGAUAUUCAAGAACGUGACAUAUCAGAAGUUGAUGAACUGAUGAGAGAAGCAGACGAGCGAAAUUUGCCAUUCAACGAUGUGUCCGAAGAAUCGGAUGACUCUCAACAGCCGCAACCCUCACGUUCAGGUAUAACGUCGACCUUCAUGAUCGAUCGAGCGAAUCGUGGCAGAAAUUCACCAGCCACUCCUGAGGGUAGGUCCACAUCCUUCGUGAGGACCGAGGUCACUCAACCCGUUUUCCCAUCACGAACAAAUACCUGGCAGGAAGGCUCAAGACGCAGUUCUCGUCUACAAGCGCGCAAUUUACGAACGACGCGAAAUGCAUCGAAUAAUUUUACAAUUGUCGACAUUGCCAAUCGUGUGACAAAUCACGACGAGACAAAUCACGAAGCAUCGGAUCACGAAUUAAACGAAGAGAAUGACGACGAUGAGAGGCCACCACAACGAGGAGCUGAGCCCGCAGCAUCGGCAGCAAGAGACGAUGAACGUUUGGGCGCACAAUUAAAUGAGACCCGACGAAGAAUAAUGUCGGAUCGUCGUAAUUUCUCAACUGGUGUUGAAUUACACGUGAGUUCGGCAGAUGUUUGGGAAGCAUUGGUGGCUUUUCGUGAGACACGAGCGCGACGCGAAAGAGGACGCGAAAUGCAUUCAUCAAAUGAAUGGCGCGAAUGGGUUGCGUCGCGUUCUAAUAAUGCGAUAAAUGUCAGUUUACCGCGAUCCUCAUACACAGUUGUGAUAACGGGCGAGAAUCGUUAUCGUGGCUCGGGACAAAAUUGCCAAUCGCAACAGCCAAUGUACGCUUUGACGAGAAAUGAAAAAAUCCAUCAAAAUAUACCGAGACUCACGCAUUAUAUUGAGGAGCCAAAUGUUGGUUCGGGUUACAUUAAAGAAUUGUGCUUUUCGGCCGAUGGACGAGUUAUAUGUUCACCGUUUGGUUAUGGCGUUCGUCUACUCGCAUUUUCCAACGAAUGCCAAGAAUUGUCCGGCUGUGUUCCUGCAUUCAAUGAAUCGGUACAAUUAAACGAAUUGGCAACUAAUGUCAGUCACUCGGAUAUCGUUGUUAGUACGAAAUUUUCUCCAAGACACUGCCUCCUUGUCUCAGGUUGCUUGAGUGGAAAAAUUGUCUGGCAUCAGCCAGUUGUUUAAUUCCCAAAAAAAAGUUGUGUCUCACAACUUGCUGUUUAAUUUCAUAAGAAAAAUCUUCUUUUUUUUUGCAAUAGUUCAUUUGAUUCUGAGGCUGAAAACAAUUUUCUCUAAGAAAAUGUUUGAAAAUAUUAUUAUCAAAUUACUUUUCAGCAAUCGUUGUUGAAAUAAUGUUGCUGAAAAAUUCUAUGAUACUGCUAGCAGAUGAUCAAUUUUUAUUCAGGGUUGCCACAAAAAUUUAAUUUUGUUUUAUCCAGACACUAAAGAAUUUUAAUUAUAAAAUUAUUCAAAAACAGCAAUAAUUUUGUUAAAUAA